UUUUUCCCUUUUUCCUUUUCCCCUUUUUUCAUCCCUCAAUUCGAGCAGCUUUGGAAAAACCAACAAGCCAACUGGUUUUUCACCUCUUGGAAUUUUUUCUGGAAGCUGUGAAAAGAAAUCUAAGUACAGGUUUACUGCUUAGAAGAAGCUUGCUGAAGUGUGGAAUCACACUGGCAGAUGCUCGUUUGAUUCUAUAAACAUCGAAGGGAAAAUAAAUUAUAUCUAUGGAAGCAAGAGAAGGAAUCAGUUCAGGGGUUACGGUAAUUGGAGCGGAAGCUCCCUCAGCCUAUCAUGUGGCACCAAGAACUGAGGCUCCGAGCCAGACUCAAGUUCCUGCUGCACCAGCAGCACCAAAUGUUGGUGCUUCACCAGUGAGUGUGGGAAUGGAUGGAACAGCAGUCAAGAAGAAACGAGGUAGACCAAGGAAGUAUGGUCCCGACGGGUCUGUGGCUAUGGCAUUGUCACCUUUGCCAAUUUCAUCUUCUGCUCCCCUUUCUAAUGACUUCUCAUCUGGGAAGCGGGGCAAAUCAGCAGGAAUGGAGUACAAGAAACAUAAGAAACUUGGAUUGGAUCAUUUGGGUGAUUUGAAUGCGUGCUCCCUUGGUACAAACUUCAUGCCUCAUAUCAUCACAGUCAAUACUGGCGAGGAUAUUACAAUGAAGGUUAUAUCUUUUUCUCAACAAGGACCCCGGGCUAUAUGCAUCCUCUCUGCUACUGGUGUGAUUUCUAAUGUUACCCUACGUCAGCCUGAUUCUUCAGGGGGUACUUUGACCUAUGAGGGUCGCUUUGAGAUACUAUCGUUGUCUGGAUCAUUCAUGCCUACUGACAACCAAGGAACAAGAAGCAGGUCAGGUGGAAUGAGUGUCUCUUUGGCAAGCCCUGAUGGUCGUGUUGUAGGCGGUGGGGUUGCUGGUCUUCUUAUUGCUGCCAGUCCUGUGCAGGUGGUGGUGGGAAGUUUUCUACCAAGCAAUCAGCAAGACCCAAAACCAAAGAAGUCCAAACCUGAUUACACACCUCCGGCUACUGCUACCCCACCAACCGUCGCUGUUUCUUCUGCACCUCCCUCAACUAAUGCUGAAAAGGAAGAUGGCUUGGGUGGUGGACAUGUCCUGCAAAAUUCUGGAAACCUGAACUCCAACAUAACCUCUCCCCCAUCAUUCCGACGAGAAAACUGGGUGAACAUGCACACUAUGCCAGAUUUGAGACAGUCAGCUACCGACAUUAACAUCUCCCUGCCAGAUAGCUAAAGAUGAUGCUCAAAAAGUCCUGCUGACAACAAAGAUUAUUCAUGACUGUGCUGUUUAGUUUAUGUUUCUAGUGUUUGUUUUUAUUAAUGUUAUCAUCUAGAUUUGCUUUCAGAAUGAGAGACCUAUGUUUUCUCUAUCACCAUAGGAGGUAGUUGUUGACAGGUUAGUGACUUGGAGCUAGGUUUUGUCAGGUAGAGUAUCUUCAAUUUCCCCGGCUGAUUUAGGUAGAAGCUGCGGCAUGCAGUAUAUCGAGUAAGAUGUUUCGGAUGUAAUGCCAGCUUAUUUGCCUAUUUAUGACUUGAUUUGUUGGUGUAAUCUUUCAUUUCUCAAUUUCACCAGAUUUAUGCUUU